AAACAACAAAUUUGGUUUGGUCUGGGAUAUCAUGAUUAAGAAAUAUUUAUGGAAGUAUUGUUAAUGCUAACAUUGUAUCAUUAACUUCCUAGUAUCAUAAUAGAUGAGUAAUAAGUUACAUAAAUCUAUGUUUUGUAUGGAAUACAGUGUAACAAGCUUGUCGGAAUGAGGGUAUCCCCAACGGCUGGAUUGUGUGCCAGUGUCUUCGCUUUCAUGCUGGGUUUGUUCAGUACAAUUUUGCCGUACUGGACAAGUGUAGAACUUGAUGGUGUGGUAUAUCACGGAGGUCUCUGGAGAAACUGUACGGUGUAUACAACCAGAUUUGACUGCAGGAACGUUAAACAUGUGAAAGAAUGGUUUCACGUUGUACAGUAUUUAAUGGCCAUUGGGGUACUUGUUCAAUUCCUAACAAUGAUAAGUGGGUGCAUUUUCCACUACGGCGAAUACGGAAGGAGAGUAUGUGUAACGUUCGCAUUGUCUUCACUAACUGGAGGUUUGGUUAUCGUGUCAGCAGUCAUUGUGUAUGGAGUGGAAAACAAAGUACACGCGGCUAUUUUCAGUGCAGGAUUUUACAUUGCUAUAAUGUCUGCUGUGCUAUCACUCCUAUCUGCAGUAUUAGGCUUACUGGCAGGUUCUAAAAGCAGAAAUGGAUACAUCACUUUUAGGCAGUAAAAAACUCCUCUGAGAUUAAUUGCUAAAAUGUUUUGAAAAAAAAGACUGGUUCUGUGCUCAUUUUAACUGCAGAUGAACUGAUAUGUAAGGCUGUAAUCCAACAAAGGCAUAUGCACAAACAAAUAGUGUAUUAUAUAUUCUUAAGUGCUGUGUAUAAAUUUUCAAGUCUCUCAUAUUCAGUUAUCGAAUUACCGUGUUAUCAGACAUGUUUGUUUUCAUGCUGUAUAAUCUGUACACGCACUAGACUAUACUAAAAUACAAAAUGCAUGUGCUUUACUAGGGUGGCUAACCCAUGUGACUUUUUGUUACCGCACAUACGUGAAAAAUAACUAGAUUCAUGUAACGUUUUUGCUUAUAAUUUUUUAUCACUUUAUGAAAAAAGCGUCGAAGAGUGCUGACCUCAGCACACAUUUUCAAUACUUUCUUCGAACACUACACCCAAAUCUCAUUGUGCACGUUACCUAAACAUUUAGUCAAGGUAAAAAAGAACAUUUGAGCAGAGUGUUUGAGGAAAGUAUUUAGAAUGUCUGGCAUAUGGGGCGCCGUUUUACUAUUUUCUAGUCAUUUUUUGAUAUCAAGAAAUGAUUUCUUGAUAUCAAAAAUUCGAAUUUUUGAUAUCAAGAAUUAUUUUUUGAUAUCAAGAAAUUUUAAGCAAUCAAUUGGACAGCACAAACUAGUAAAUGCACAACACAAACUAAGAAAUGUACCGGGCAAACUAGUUAAUGUACAUAACAAAUUGUUUUAUCUACACAACAAAUUAUGAUUGGUACCGAACAUAUUAAGAAAAGCACAUGACGAACUACCUAUUGGACAGCACAAACUAGUGAAUGCACAACACAAACUAAGAAACGUACCGGACAAACAAGUAAAUGUACAUAAUAAAUUGUUUAAUCUACAAGACAAAUAAUAAUUUGUACCGAAUAUAUUUGAAAAUGCACAUGACGAACUAUCAAUUGUGCAGCACAAACUGGAGAAUGCACAACACAAACUAAGAAAUGUACCGGACAAACUAGUAAAUGUAGAUAACAAACUGUUUUAUCUACAAGAAAGAUUAUAAUUUGUACCGAAUAUAUUGGGAAAAACACAUGAUUAAGUAACAAUCAUCGUGUCAAGACAGUCUAGGCGUUCCAUAGCGGGGAUUAUACAAUUCUAUAUGAUCCUAUUCAAUUCAUCUAUAUUUAGAUCGGGAAGUGCCGAAUUUUUGAUAUCAAAAAUAGGCUUGAUUUUUUGACAUCAAAAAAUUUAUUUCUUGAUGUCAAGAAGUCAAUGUUUUGAUAUCAGAAAAUCAUUUAUUGAUAUCAAGAAUUCGAUUUCUUGAUAUCAAGAAAUAACACAUUUUUAUAUCAAAAAAUCAUUUCCUGAUAUCAAAAAUGGACAGCAUUUCUUGAUAUCAGAAAAUGAAUUCCUGAUAUCAAAAACUCGAAUUUUUAUAACAGAAAAUCGAUUUCUUGAUAUCAGAAAAUGAAUUCUUGAUAUCAAGAAAUCGAUUUUCUGGUAUCAAAAAAUGUGACUGAUUUUUUGAUAUCAAGAAAUGAUUUUCUUCUGAUAUCAAGAAAUCGAAUUUUUGAUAUCAAGAAAUGAUUUUUUGAUAAUCAAAAAAUGCCUAUAAAAUAGUAAAACGGCGCCCCAUACUGGCAGACAUUUUGUGUCGAGGAAAUCACUCGUUUUCCUGUCUUCGACGCUUUCUAUUUCAUCAAAAUCAGUCAAUUAAAGUAAACUAAAAGAUAAAUUAAACGUUCGAGCGACUUCCUCGUGUCUACGAUACUGUUAUGUCACGUGGGUUGGUCACUCUGUUUACGUAACCUGAAAUGUUGUCAGUGUGGAUUUGUGUGAUGUGAUGCAUUAGUUCUGAUCACUUACAAGGGUCUUGGAAAAGUUGCACGUACGGAAGUUCAACCUUUCGUAUAAAAUUGGCGGAUGUGAAUUAAAUUUAUAUAACGUU